AUGAGGGCAAAGCGACAAAAAGUAUAUAAGCGUGCAAUGCACUCCUAUCAAACUGCAUUUGGAUUCCGAACACCAUACCAAAUUCUACUUGACGGUGACUUCGUACAAGAAGGUCUUAAUAACAAAAUUUAUAUGAAAGAUAUUUUACCAAGCACACUAAUGGGACCAACCAAACAGCUUAUCACGUCGUGCGCUAUCGCAGAGUUACGAAGCAAAGGAGAUGAUUUUAGUGGAGCGGUUAUAGCAUCCAAGCGAUUUGAACGAAGACGAUGCAAGCACGUUGAGCCGGUAUCAAGCGCACAAUGCAUCAAGGAGAUCAUUGACAAGGACAACCCGCAUAAUUACUGUAUUGCUAGCCAAGAUGCCGACCUUCGAAAAUUUCUCCGCAGCGUGCCUGGAGUUCCACUGAUUCAUAUCAACCGCAGCGUCGUCGUGCUAGAACCACCCAGCAAGGCUACCAAGAACAAAAUGGCACAACUUGAAAAAGCGAAAACCUUACCCAAUGAGAAGGAACUUUCCUUCAUGAAGAAGAAGAAAAAGGAGUUGAAGGAUCAACAGAAGAAGGCGAGAAAGGGACCCAAGCAGCCCAAUCCAUUGAGUAUGAAAAAGAAGAAAAAG